AUGAGUAACAUAUUUGACAUCCAGCCUAUUGGCCGGUUCGUCGGGCAGAGCGCCGCUAUUAAGAGGCCGAAGGAAAUAGCCUGCUUCUCAUACGACGACAAGCACCAGUUCCGACUAGACGACUCAUCAAUCAGAUACUACUAUCCGCCCACCAUCGGUGCCGACCUUUCUCGAGGCUUCGAUACCUUCGAGAAGCUCGACGAUGCCGCAGACGAUCAUCUGGAUAGUCUGCUGAAGACUGUCAUGGAACUGGAGAAAGAGACAGGCAAACGCACUGAGACGGACCUCAUCACGUGGAGAGGUAUGAUGACGAAGUUUAUGGGUGCAAUCUUUAGUGAUAGAGAUGGGUUUGAAAUGAAUGCGACGCUGUUCCAAGUCUUCAUCGAAGAAAACCAUGAGUAUAAACGGCAAUCGCAGGCGAGGCAGUCACGGCAGUUUUCUCAACCAGGAAGACCGUCACAGGACAUGAUGAGCUUCUGGGGUUAUAAAUUUGAGACAUUAUGUCUGCUGCCACAGCCAUGGGAUGAGACGCCUAGAGAUUACAUCGAGAACAGAGAGAAUGAGAUUGUGAAUAACCACGCUCAGUAUUGCUCUGUUGUUAAGACGGGUAUCGGCAGCACAACUAUGGUGCUUGGUGGUGAAGUAGACGCAUUAUGGGACUCUAAGCCCGAGGACGGAGGUCCUAUCAAAUGGGUGGAGCUCAAGACCUCAGCUGAGAUUCGACAUGAUGGCGAUCUCAUGAAUCUAGAACGCAAACUCAUGAAGUUCUGGAUCCAAUCCUUUCUCCUUGGCGUACCAAAGAUCAUCGUGGGUUUCAGGACGCAGGACGGUUUCCUAAAGAGAAUUGAGGAGAUGGAUACAGCGUCAAUACCUAGUACGGUGAAGAGGCGUGGAAAGGGGACUUGGGAUGGGAAUAUGUGCAUCAACUUCGCAGCGGGGCUGCUAGAUUUUCUGAAGGCUACGAUCAGAGGAGAUGGCGUUUGGCGGAUUCGAAGGAAGGAGCGGUCUCCUGCAAUUGACGUAUUCCGGAUAGAGGAAGCUGGACACGGUGAUAUUAUUUCAGACGAUUUCAUCAACUGGAGGAUCAAACUGGCGAUGGACAAUCCAUUGCCUCCUCCUGCUUCUGAGCUUGAGCAUGUACCAGAGCCAGAGCCAGAGCCUCUGGGAGCUCCUGCUAGUACCGGCAGUCAAGCAGCGGUGACUGGGAAAUAUGUUCUUGGCCUGUAG